CGUUCGGCACAUCCAAAAAAACCUCCCCAAAGACGAGAAAAAUGACCACCCAACUUCAGUUUCUUCUAUAAGAAUUUAGUUCCUGAACUUCCGUAGCUUGACCGGCCGAACCAACCCAACCCAAAGGUCCAUGUAAGAGAAACAAUUUCCAAAUACGAGAGAGAGCCGUUUUCCAGUUUCCUUUCUUCUGUUUAGGAUCUUAGAAAUUACCUGCCUUGUUGAAUUGUAAAACUUUUAUCUCUUAUAAAAGAAGAGUGAACAAAGAAGAGAAAACUAUUUUUUCUUGUUAAAGCAUUAGUUUCUCUCUGAUGGGCAACUGCUUGUUUUCUUCCACUAGAGUCGAUUCUACCCAAAGCCCCCAACCAACUUCUGCAUCAGGAGGCUCAAGAAUUUCUAGCAAAACCAGUCGAUCUUCAGCUCCUUCAAGCUUGACUCUUCCAUCUUUCAGUGAUACAAGUAGUAGUAAUGGAUGUCUUCCAACACCAAGGACUGAAGGAGAAAUAUUGGCAUCCCCCAAUUUGAAACCUUUCUCGUUCAAUGAGUUGAAGAAUGCCACCAGAAACUUUCGUCCCGACAGUCUUCUUGGUGAAGGUGGCUUUGGUUAUGUCUUUAAAGGAUGGAUUGAUGAACACACAUUAGCUGCUGCAAGGCCUGGCUCAGGAAUGGUUAUUGCUGUCAAGAAGCUUAAACCCGAAGGAUUUCAAGGCCACAAAGAGUGGCUGACUGAAGUUGAUUAUCUCGGGCAACUUCAUCAUCCAAAUCUGGUUAAGCUAAUCGGAUAUUGUUCAGAGGGUGAGAACCGUCUUUUGGUCUACGAGUUCAUGCCUAAAGGAAGCUUGGAGAACCAUCUUUUUAGAAGAGGGCCGCAGCCACUCUCUUGGGCAGUGAGGCUUAAGGUCGCCAUCGGUGCCGCUAGAGGGCUCUCUUUCCUUCAUGAUUUGAAAUCCCAAGUCAUAUAUCGUGAUUUCAAAGCUUCUAAUAUUCUACUAGAUGCGGAAUUCAAUGCAAAACUUUCUGAUUUCGGAUUGGCCAAGGCAGGGCCUACUGGCGAUAGAACUCAUGUAUCGACUCAGGUUAUGGGAACUCAAGGCUAUGCAGCACCUGAAUAUGUCGCCACAGGUCGAUUGACGGCUAAGAGCGAUGUGUACAGCUUUGGAGUUGUUUUGCUUGAACUACUGUCUGGACGGCGUGCUGUUGAUAAAACAAAAGUUGGCGUGGAGCAGAGUCUAGUAGACUGGGCAAAACCAUAUUUGGGUGACAAAAGAAAAUUAUUCCGAAUCAUGGACACAAAGUUGGGCGGCCAGUACCCCCAGAAAGGUGCUUUUACGGCAGCUACCCUUGCUUUACAGUGCCUAAAUAGUGAAGCUAAACUCAGGCCUCGAAUGUCAGAAGUUUUGGCAGCACUGGAGCAGCUAGAAGCCCCCAAAACUGCAUCCAAACACAGUCAAGCAGAACAGCAUGCUGUUCCACUUCCUGUUCGGAAAUCCCCAAUGCGGCACCAUCGAUCACCUAUGCAUCUAACACCCAGAGCAUCUCCAUUACCAUCUCACAGACAAUCCCCGCGGGUACAUUGAGAUUCCAUCUGUAAAUUUUCUAGAUGUAUUUAUAUCUUUUUGGUUGCUUAGAAAGCAAUUUUUUGAGCGUGUAGUAUUUUUUUUUUGCAGUUUUGCAUAGCACACCUUUUGUUUAGAGUUUGUGGUCACUGUAAUAGCAACCUUCAUCUCUAUGAUGCAUAUUAAUCAUAACCUUCCAUUCUAUGAA